AUGAAUCGUUCUUCCAAUUCUCCUCAUCAACCUCCUCUUGCUGACCAUAUGCACUCUGCUGCUUCCCAAAAUCCAAAUGCUUCUUACACCACAUACCCCACCUACCAACAAGGCGCUCCCCCCAUGUUCCACGUUCAGCAACAUCCUUCCAUGCUUACUCAACUUCCUCCUCUUUCUGCCACUGUCCUUGCUCCUUCUCUUGCUUCUUUACCUCCCAUCUCUUCCGCUCCCAACUACCAAAAUGUUGCCUCCCAUGCUUCUUCUCCUUACCUCCAACAACAUCCCGUGGUCUCCUCUUCUUCCAAUCCCGCUGCCGCAUACUCCAACAGCCCUUUCCCGGCUCCUUCUACUGCUCCUCCUCCCACCACCAACCAUGAUCCCUCUGCCUACGCCGUCCAUUCUCCCAAUCCCGCCACUAUCGCCUCUCCUUCUCCCAACGACCCUCUUCCCGUUUCUCCUUCCCUCUCAAAGAAUUCCGCCCUCAACGGCUCCCUCUCCAACUCCGUCAACCCCUCCAACGGAACCGGCAAAGGCACCACCUCACCCCCCGGUGUAAGCAAUAGCAGCCUUGUCAAACGCCAAGCUCGGAAACGCACAAAAACUGGCUGUCUUACUUGUCGCAAACGCAGAAUUAAGUGCGACGAGCGCAAGCCUAUCUGCUACAACUGCAUCAAAUCCAAGAGACAAUGCGAAGGGUACACUCAUUUCCCUCGUCCUACCGGCGCUCUCACUGCCGCCCGCAGAAUUCCCGUCUCUAGCUUGCUUUCUGAACCCGCUCCCCAUGGUAUGGCCGGUCAGCCCACCCAUCCUACCUUUCUUUACUACAUCCAGUCCGUGGCUCCUUCUCUCUGCCUUUGGGACUCUUGCUAUUUUCCUCCUCUUAGUCCCUAUUCUUCCUUCUCUAGCAUCUAUUGGUCUUCCACAAUCCCUGAACUCGCUUUACGCAAUCCAAACAUCAGUGUCGCUCUCUAUGCUUUCGCUAGUGCUAAGCGUCACUUGACCGACGAUGCCAUCGCUUUUUCUCGCCAGGCCCGCGUCACCCUUACCAACAUCACUACCACAGAGAGCCUUCUUAUUCUAGUCCUUUUGGCUGUUACCCAACUUUACAUUCCCAAAUGCGAUAUUCAGCUCUUCAACUUUGCCGUCGAUCAGGUCGUCAAGUUUGAUGCUUCUUUGAUGACGAGUCCAAGCGAUGAAAUUAUCACCUAUUUGCUUCGUCGCAUGUUUAUCCGCCAAGUCGUCCUCGCCGGUAUUGUAAGACCUCUUCACCCCGAAAUGAGCAGCCUCGCUCUCCUCAAGGCCGAGUUACCUCCCGCUACCACUCCCACCGCUGUCCUUGAUGAGUCUUUGUUUAAUCUUGGCCUCCGUUCUCUUUGCCAUGAGCCUGGUUUAGAACCAGAGUUUUCAAAUUGGUAUAACAACUGUCCCGUGGAUAAGGCCGACCUUCCCCGCCUUGCCUUGUUGAUGAUCCAUGCUGUCUUUGUUUCUCCAAAUUCUUUGGCCCAAUGGGUAGAGUUCAUUUUGCACCAUCCCGAUCCGACUCCUGCCAUCCACAUUGCAAGAGCCUGCUUGCUUGCCGUCCGAAGCGUUAUGAACUUGAGCGAACUGCAAGUAAAGGUCGAUAAAUGCGUUAAAUCUUGUGAAGAAAAACAACUUCAGGCAAGCAUCUCGAACUUUUCUCAGGAUGCUGUUCACGCAAAUUCCUCUAGUUUGUCCAUUGGCGUUUAA